AUGGCCGCAAGAAAUUUUUCCUCAAUUAAAGAAGAACUCGAACAUUAUAAAGCUCGUACAGCUGCCUUGGAAGCAACACUUCUAGAAACACAAGCUGGCAUGGAAGAGUUUCAAACAACAUCACGCGAAUUAGAGGAAGACUUGGAGCGAGAGUUGGAACAAUCAGAAAAACGGUACAAAGACCUUAAAUUAAAGAAUGAGGCUUUAAAAAGUGAAGUUGAUGAAUGGAAGCUUGAUUCUCUCCGAAGUUUACAAGAAAAAUUCGUGAUCAAGACACGAGAACUCGAAAUUGACUUUGAUGAUUUGGAGAGAACAGAAAGAGCUGCAAAGAGUUCCUUGAUUGACUUGGAGAACAAAUACAAUAAAGCCAUUGAGCGCAAUGUAAUUUUAGAAAACGAAUUAGAGGGAAAGAAUCAUUUGAUUGUCCAAGUACAACGUCUUAAAGAUGAUUUAAGAGAUGUACAUAUUGAAUUAGCCAUAUUGAAGAACAAACAAGAUGGUGAAUACGGACCACCUCCACCAUCAUCUGAACCUGUAUCUCCACCAAGGAAAGAAAUUUACAAUCCACCUCCACCUCAAACAAAACCAACAAUCAUGAACUUACCAAGAUCGGAAGCAAUGAAUACACAAAUAAAUUCGGAUCCAAACUCAAAUCCCGUCAAAAUGGUUCAAGAAAUGGUUGGAAGAGUCAAGAGUUUAGAAGCUCGCCUUGUUUCAUGCCGUUCACUUGUUACACCUUUACUUGCACCACCACCAUCAUAUUCUACAACAAUGCCACUUGCAUCAAACUCUCCUCCACCAUCACCGAAAGCGCGAAUGGAUUCAACGUAUAGAACUUCACUGAAAUCAUAUAGACGUUCUUCCUUACAAAAAUCCAAAGCUUUCUCAAUGUCUGUUAAUCAAAUUAGAUCCAAAGUUCAAUGA